AGGUUAAAAGUGAAAAUGAAUUUUAACGAUUGUAGUUUUGAUUUGAAACCCUUGACAAGAACUCCUCAUCCUGUUGAAUCUCAGCAAGAAAAAGCAGUUAUUUACAAAAACAAAGGAUCAUCCUUUCUGGAAAAAGAACCUCUAUGUUUCCAUGAGAGAAAGAGUCCAAGUCUCAAAGAGGCCAACUCUGAAGGUCACUUCAUUGACCCUCAGCAGGAGAUAGAAGGGGAUGGGGACCAGGAUGCGGUUUUAGCAACCAAGGAGCACACACCCCGAUCCUUGAUUGGUGAGGGACACAAAAGAAGGCUGUUCCCGAGGAAGUCAUCUGCCAGCAGGAUUCAUUCAGGGUGAGGACCAAGGAAGGAGCUCAAGCACCUGCAAUAACCACUUUUUGAGUUCAGUGUCUGUAUGAUAAUUAAGUAAUCACAAUACCAUGUAUUGAUGGUUAUUGCCAAUGUAUUUUCUGCAGAAGUUAAAUAUUGCCUGAAAGAUCCAAUAAAAAUAAUGAUAGCUACCUUA